AUGGAGCUCGAUCGUAAUAGACGGCUGGUUGGUCGCGGCGAUGUCCACGUCGAGGACGCAAGGGCGCCGUGCGUCUUGCCGAAAUUAUUCGGGGCUCGCUGCACAAUCGAUUUUUCCCACCCGAUGCGGAAAAUUCUUCGGGGCGGAGCGGGUGGUCUAGCGGGGAGGGGUGGCGGAGGGGGAGCUCGGUGUGCGGCUGAGGGGGGGGGUGCGGGUGUGCGAGGUGGUCGGGAGGAGUGCAGCGGGGGGCGGUGCAACGCGCGCCGCCGUCAGCCGUCGCGGUCGUCGGGCAGACAGUAG